ACGAAGCGUGUGCCGCGAUCGAUAGCUCUUGGUCGUCGGCGGUUGAGAGUAAGUCACCUGCUGCGCCUCGUGCAGUAGUACCGUUGCGCUGUGGAUGGUCGGACGCUGCUCUGUCUUCGACAAACUUUGGCGUGCAUUUCCCGGACCGGUACUCGUGUCGCCCCUUACGUGUCUCCGCUCUGUGGGACAGAGCUCCGGCUCGUGUGUUUCCUUCGUGAUACGACUCUUACGACAUUCGUAUCUUGGAUACUGUCGUAGUCAGUGGAGCUGCAAGAAGGGGAAAUUUAUGUGGAGUACUGCGUACAGGAGACGUCAAGGCUGACACGCUGACAUCAGUCCUGGCAGCACCAUGCCUUCGAAUUAUCUCUUUCGAAAUAUUGGGCAGCACGGCCUCUCCAACAUUACACACAUGGGUGAAGAUCUCAGUGUGGCCACCUGGCACAGUGGAGUGCGCUCUUCUGACGAGGGUGCUCCAAACCCGGACUUCGGAAUCGCUCUGGCCAUACUGAGACAUCUCCAUACGUUCUUCGUCCCACUGCUCAUCGUGUUGGGCUUAAUUGGGAACGGCCUCUCGUUCGUCACGUUCCUCUUCACACGGCUACGCGUCCGAGCGUCCAGCUUCUAUUUAGGCACUUUGGCGCUGUCCGACUUCGGUUACCUCUUCAUCAUGGCCUUCGUGUGGUUGGACAAGCAAGGCAUCAGAGUGCUGAACCAACGCGGAAUGUGCCAGAUCAUUCUGUUCCUGUCGUCUACGUUCAGCUUCUGGUCCGUCUGGCUGACGGUGACCUUCACCGCUGAACGCUGCCUGGCUGUCCAAUGUCCCCUAUGGCGGCUCCAACUCAGUACCAGAAAUAGAGCACGAAUCACCAUUGUGGCUACAUCUGUGGCGUCACUGCUGCUCAAUUCCUACCUCCUGGUACUCACGGAUGUAGUCGUGCUCGAUAACGGCAAGUCGGAAUGCGAACCACGCCCUGACUUCGAACACAUUCUCCACUACGCUAACAUCAUGGACACUGUGAUUACCCUCGUCGUUCCUUUCGUGCUCAUCGUGAUCAUGAACUUCAUGAUUGGCCGGGCGCUCUACUUAUUUAACUCUCGAAGAAGGCUGCACCGGAUCAACAGCUCACAGCUCACGUCCACUGAUGCUGCCAAGGAUGAGCCUUGCCCCCACUGCACAAGCGGUUCUCCAUCUUCAAAUAGCAAUCCCUGCAACAGAGGUCCGCAAGAGCCAUCAUCUGAAGCAGGAAGCGUCUGUAGCCAUAAUAGGCCGCCCCCUCCGCCUCCUCCUGCAGCGGAAAUCCUCCAUCCAAGCCAGAUAAACGUCUUUCGAAUGCUGUUUCUCGUCUGCACGGUAUUCAUCAUCCUCAACCUUCCCAGCUACGCAGUGCGAGUGCACGUCUUUGUGCUGUCCGUCAGCCACAAGCCCGUGCCGGAACACGUCUUCCUGUUGCAGCGCUACUUCAUGUUGCUCUAUUACACGAAUUUUGCUGUGAACAUUAUUCUGUACAACGUCAGUAGUCGAGUAUUUCGCCGGGUGAUGAAGCAGUAUGUCUCGACAAAGUGGCAGAUUAUUUCCGGCAUGUGCCGCAAUCCUUCUUAUUCUGAAUCAAGCGACCCGGGUUCCACAAAGGACAACAAGCUGGCACGUAACUAUGUGAUGUGAUACACGACAUCGUCCCGAGUAGCACGCUAGGAGUCAGGCUGCGGGGACACGUGCAUGAAAAAUGGGCGAAGAUAGUCAGAGAUCUAUUUUCAUCACAAGUGGCGCCAUUUGGUGCUGGCAAUGGUUGAAGACGAAUGGACGUGGGAGCAACUCGUGUGCGAACAGGCGUGGUAGGACCGCAUGGGGUUCCACUGGCCCAAAUCAGUGUUGUGUCCUACUGUGUGCGUCAAUAUGAUCUUCAAUGAAGCAGAUGUGAGUGUCCCAUUGCCUUUUAGUGUGUUUCACGAAAACUUCACGUGUAUAACAGCGGCUGCGUUCUUGCCAGCAUCGCAUGUCACCAUCGCUAUUCAUUCAUUUAUUGUUGUUGUUCGCUCUUGCAUGUGUUUCAGCUGUUACUAAUCUGUUCCCUGUCACACAAAAUUCAUGUGGUGUGCAUUUGCAUUCCGAACGAUUCCAGCGCGCAGUAUUCCUCGCCCUUGUCAUUGGCAUGUUCAUUGUACGUGAAAGACCAAUAGUUUUUCUCUCGUUGUGUGUUGUAUGUCGGUAUGCCGUAAAUAAUGAUUCCUCUGCGUAAACAUGUAAUGUACUGGAA